CCCUUUGACCUUGUCCAUCCGUAUUCCCAUCUUGCCCAUCCGAACUCCUUUCCACCCUCAGGGCGACUUGGGCAACGGAAGAUCACCCAACCAUUGCCUGGUCAGCUUCCUGGGCCCCUUCACCUUAAUCAAAGUCCUGCCUCACUGUCGAGUCUAAGGACCAUACUUAACUGCAUUCCGCGUGGAUCCAUGUUGCGCCUACCUCAUUGGGCAGGUAUUGCUUUAUGGGCCGCCAUGGGCUUGGCGUGGCUCGGGCCCCCGGCCCAGGCUCAAAAUUACGGAAGUGAUUGUGCACUGACGGGAUUAGGUAUUUUUGAGUGUAAACGAGCCAGGAGGAGUAGCAGCACUGGCGCUAACAACGGGACAGUGGGUGUUCAAUCUGGAGCCUCCACAGAAGCUCCCAUCACGUCAAGCGAUGCCGAAAACGAGUACGGGCGAGGGAUGCUAAUGACUCUCCGGAAAACAAAUUGCGCCAAGGACCCGUCCUGUCGGGCCACCGUCGAAAAUCAGCUCACGAAGAUGGGCUGUGAAGCUUUCACCUACUACCCAGCCAUCCAAGCCAUGGGUGCCGUGUGUUACGCCCCCGCCGUCUCCCCCCUGGAAGCGAAGAAGUUGACCCUGCAGUCCCUCCUUGGCAUCCGGGCAGCCACCACCUACUUCUCUUCGGCCACGCUGGACAUGAAAGUCCAAGUCGAUCCUGGGAGGGACAACGACCCGACCUGGAUCAACGCCGGAUGGCAACGGGGGUCGUGGUGGCGACAGAACCGAAAUCGGAAUCGGAACCGAAACCGAAAUCGAAACCGAAACCGAAACCGAAACCGUCCCCCGCUCUUUGCCCGUCCUCCACCGGCACCUGCCCCAGUACCUCCCCCUCCCCCUCCCCCUCCCCCUCCCCCUCCCGCUUCUCCUCCCGCGCCGUCUCCUGGCAACAACGUACAGCCCAGCCCCCCGAACCCCCCCCGGCCCCCGAAACCGCCCCGAAUCCCAAUAUCUAUAAUUGGGGGAACGACCGGUCCAACCAGAUGA